AGAACCUAGCUGCAGCCGCAGGAGGAGGAGGAAGAAGAAGAAGUCAUAUCCAUGGAAACAACACAAGAAGUGGCGCGAGACUGAAAUUUUUAACUGCUGGAGCCUCUGACACCGUCAGCUGCGGCUAAUUUGGGCUUGUUCCACAGAAGUGACGCAGUUUCAGACAUGCAGUGAAUUUUUAGCCCAGACGCUCAUCUCUACUUGGGUAGUUUACCAGGGGUGUUUAGUUUGGUUUGGUUACUGCGCCAUUUGUUUUAGUUCUCGGUGUUUUAGCCUUGUUGUUGCCUGUUAUCAGAUGUCUUUAGCCAGAGGUAGCCGUCCUCAACCACAGGGCAAAGGAAAGAAGCCUGUACGUCAGAAGAAGGCUCCCAAAAAAGACUGGGUGAGCACUGUCCAUGACCUAUCCGUGCACAAGCUGACGCCUGCUGAGCUGAGUCAUCGACAUGAGAUUCACAAAUCCCACAAUAAAGCUGUGGCCCAGUGGGAGCUGAAGGAGCGAGCUCUGAAACGCCGUUUCAGACACGCUGGGAGCCCUGCUCCUUUGGACCAAGCCAGCCUCAGCAUCAUCAAAGAGGUGUUCUCCGAUCAGCUGCUGCUGCAGGAUGUGCUGGCCCGUUCUGACAGAGCCAUGGCUGUGGUCAAGGACCUGUUUGGAGAUGCUCCACAGAGGCAGACCGGGCAUCCCAGUGUGACCGUUGCUCCCAACUGUGACUCUGACUUGGAACUACCUGUUCUCCAAAGACUAGAUUCUCCUAUGCAGCUGUCGCUUCUCAGCCAAUCAAUGAUGGAUCAAGAGGCUCUUAAUGAAGUAGAUGUUUCCAGGGAGGACUGGAGUUCAGGCAGUCGUGCCAUCAGAAGAUCCAACAUACGACAAAAGAUGACUCAGGGUAGAGUCGUGCCACAACGGAAAGUCCAUCGUCUCAGAAAUCCUGAAGAUGAUGAUGAUGUUGCUCCUAUGACACCCUGCACGUCAGGAAGAGCCCCAGAUCAGACAGCUCUAAAUGCCACUGUGGCCGUCAGACGUGUUUGGUCCAAACACAGUCAGUCAGAUGGAGGUGGAGAGGAAGCUUCUGCUCGUGUGUCUCAGGUCCUGAAUCCUGAUCCUACUUCACACCAGCCAGGAAUCGGGAGUUAUGCCGACAGGACCAGGAAGUGUCUUUCUCAAAGCUCAAAGCUGGAUGGCUCCUCUCCCGCCUCUCUUAGUGGAGACCAGUCCAGCCUGGGUCUGCUGCAGGCCAUGUUGGGUCAGGUCGAGGCUGACCUGGAUGCUCUGAGUCCUGAUUUGGUACCAGAAUCCGAAAGCAGUUCAAAACACCACAAAACCCAGGGCCUCACUGGAUUUUCUGUCGCUUUGGUCGGCACUCUGGGGCGCCUCGUGCAUCUGCUCAAACAGCUGAGAUGGUUCACGUGUCACGUCAGCCAAACCCACGAUCAGGAGGCUUCAUCUUCAAAUGCAGACACAAUUAUCAGGGAAGCUGAAGCUCAGAAGGAGGCAGAAGGAAGAAGAAGAGUGGAGGAGGAGCUGAAGGAGCAGCGGGGGCUGAUCGAUGCUCUCACAGCUGAAAUCAUGACUCUACGAGAGGAGGCCGCUGCCCUGCAGGCAGGGCUGCAGCAACGCACGGCUGAGCUGGAGCACAAACUGGACUCGGUGGUGUUGGUGAUGGGAGGACUGGGGCUGCUGGGGGAACACACGCCACAUAAAGACUCUGAUGCCAGGGACGCUCUUUCAAACGUUUGUCCGUCUGCUUCUGUUGCUGAGAGAGCUCCUGAGGAAACACGAGUUAAAGUUCCUCCUGCCAUCGUGCUUUCUCCUCCUACACCGAGCCAUAACUGGCAACACAGUCACGCAACUCAUCCUGCUCCUCUGCAGCAGCAUCUUCCUCCUUUAGACUCCCAGCGUUCCCAGGAGGUUGUCCAGGCUCACGGUUCUGCCUCCAGCCUCCACAGCGUUGCACUCAGCCACCUUUCUUCCUCCUCCUCCUCUCCAUCCCUCAGCCUGGCUCCUCUCAUCACCCAGCCCUCUCCAGAAGCCAUGCUGGCUGAGAUCGCUCAGCUGAGCAGGCAGGCUGAGCUGAUGCGGUCUCAGCUCAACCAGGCCAAGGGUCUUGGACCUGGGAUCGCAGGACUUCCCAACAGCAACAGCAGCCAACAGGGAGGACGGAGUCCUGACAGCAUUCCUCAGGACGUCGGGGAGAGGAGGGCGUCUGGGUCCAGCAGAAACCAGAACAUCCAGUCUCUCGAUGAGACGUCGAGUCAGCAGUCCUCCACGUCUCACACCCCGAGUGUGGAACAGCGCCUCCUGGAGCUCAACAGGCAGAGCGCAGCAGCCCGGAGUCGACUGCUGGAGCUCAUCGAGUUACAGAAGCAAAAUGUUUCCGUUAGAGUGUCUCCCUCCGUCUCUCCUGUCCUCUCUUCUGUCUUCAGUCCAAACACAGCAGCUGAAAGUGGAAGCUUAGAAGAGUCUGUGCUGCGGCCAGGGAGGGACGUCCAGACACAGCAGCGCUCUGCAGGUUCUGAUGAGUCUCCUCGCAGCUUUGAAACCAGGAAUGAAAAGUCACAGCCGCAGAAGCAGAGAGGACGAGAAGGCUGGUUCUCCUUGUCUGCUCACACCAGAUGACAAGAGGAAAAAUCAAACCAGCUCGAGGCUACAGAGUUAUUUGUUUUAUGUAUUUAGUGUAAAUGUUUAUAAUAAACAGUUUUUAAAACUCAAA